AGAUAUUUUUCACAUACACUACUGAAAACCCUAGUCACAUAUCGUUCCCUAAACACAAACCUCUUCUUUCCCUUUUACGGAAAAUCAUCUCCAUUUUUUUCUGGAAAAUUCAUCUUCCGUUCUCGCUGACACUACCGCACACUCUCUAAACGCCUUCACUCGCUUCAAUCAGCCAUGGCGGAUGACGGUGUUGCCAACGGCGGCGUAGAUGAUCAGUACGGUGAAGAAUCGGCGACGAAGAUUGAAGUGUUGCAACGCGAACGCGAUGAAUUGGUGAACGAGAACGCCUCGAGGAAGGAGGAGAUCAAGAAGCUGACGGCGGAGCUUGACAUUUUGCGAAGAGAUGGCGCGGUGAAUAGCGAGAAGAUCGAGGAGAUGCAGCGAGAGGUGGUGCAGUCGCGCGACGCGGUGAAGGCGGCCGAGGUUAUCGCGGCGAGGGCAGCGGACCUGGAGACGGACGUGGCGAGGCUACAGCACGAUUUGAUAUCGGAGAUGACUGCGACGGAGGAGGCGAGGGCGGAUGCUUCUGAAUUGAGGAAGGAUUUAGGGGAGAAGGAGUCGUUGGUUGAGUCUCUGGAGAAGGAACUGACAGCUUUGAAGAAGGUAAAGGCAGAGGGUGAGGUUAGGGUUAGGGAUUUGGAGAGGAAGAUUGGAGUUCUGGAAACCAAGGAAAUUGAGGAAAGGAACAAGAGGAUUAGGUUCGAGGAGGAGAUGAGAGAUAAGGUUGAUGAAAAGGAGAAGGAGAUCAAUGGUUUCAAACAGAAGUUGGUGGAAUUGGAGAAGGUUACUGCUGAGAAAAAAUCUGAGUUGGAGGAGUCGGUUAAGCAGAAACUAAGGUUGGAGGAGGCACUUAAAGGAUCUGAGGAGAAAGUAGCGGCUUUGGAAUCAAGUAUUCUUCAAUUGCGUGAGGAAGCAAAGGAAGCUGAGAGGGUGAUUUUAUCGCUAAAUGAGAAGGCGGUUAAGACUGUUGAGAAUAUUGAUAGAGGUUUAAAUGGCAUACAUGAUGAAGGGAAAGGAUUGAAGUUGCAGUGGCCGGUGGUGGCAGCAGGGUCUACAGGAGCUGUUGUUGCGGCGGCUGCCGUAAUCUAUGUGUGCUAUGGGAAACGGAAGUGAUUUCAUAUGACCAAUCAUCGAUUGGAAGAGGAGGUUGUAGAGGUUAGAUUUACCAGCCCUUUAGUCACAGAUAUGCUGCAAUUUUGUUUGUCAUAAAAUAACUCUUCUUCUCUGGCUUUUAUUUUUGAAGCCUGUGAAAUUUUUAUGUACGUUGAAGUUGGCAUACUUGUUUGAUUGUUAGUUUCCUUUCACGAGGAUCGAACCACUGUGUGUUGCAUUUAAUAAAUAGGUUUCAAAAUUGAUAUUA